UGUAGUCUGUCAUAGUGGAUGAAGUUCUACUCUUCCUUAUGUUUAUUUGCAGUUCUCAUCUGAUUUUGUAUGAUGAAGAGAAGGAGCAUAUGAAGAGUAUCUUAAUGAGUGGUGUCUGUCAUUUUAGUUAAAUGAAGUCAAGGUCUUGUCUUUACCAUCAACUCGGUGUCCGUAAUAAACUUUGAAUUUUUGGAUCAACGUUCGCUCAUUUAAUCGCUCGCUGUUACAUGAAGAAUUCCUUCAUAGAUUAAGUACUUGUGGCUGGCGUUUUCUUCUCAUAUUUCAAUUUAUUGGAGUAAGAUAUUGAUCUUCAGCAGAGUUGCUGUUUUCCCUUAAGUAUUCCUUUCUAUUCUUCGUUUAUACUAUAUUUCUACUUGUUUUUAAUCCUUCUAACGGUUUUUUAUAACUUCAUAUACACAAAAUGAGUUCCUUACAAAGACUUCCCUAUGUAAUCUUAUUUUCACUGAUUUUCUUGACUAAAUUUGCGAGAUGCGUCCCAUUUAGUCCUACAAAACAAGAAGUUCAAGUGCAUGAGCGUGCGUCGAAAGCCAAAGAAGAGCCAUUUUGUUCUCUUUAUCACCCUGGGACUGGAGAGUUUUAUGACCUGAGCCCUCUAUCCCGGUCGAAUUUAUCCACAAAAGGAGAUUACAGUGUUUCAGGCUACGACUUUGAAGCAAACUUUACGCUCAAUCUAUGCAAACCGGUGACAAGCAACCUUUCGAAUUACACCUUUGCAGGAGACAUUCCUUCUGCUGAAUCUAUUGGUGGUUUUUUUGUAGAUGAACGAAAGCGUAUGUUUUCCAUAGGUGAGGCAUCUAGCGAGCCCUAUUUUCGCGGUAAGAAACUGAUUAUGGAAUUGGAAAAUGGUUCUCGUUGUCCUACUUCUGAUGACCUUCGAAUGAGAUCUAUUAUUAGCUUUAGUUGCAACCGUGACCCUUAUGCUUCUUCAUCUAUUUCUUACGUUGCAAAUGUAUUAGACUGUGUCUUUUUCUUUGAGUGGAAAACGAUUCAUGCAUGUCCAACAGUGAAGAAAGAGGCUACUUUGAGCCCCUUAUCCGUCUUUUUAAUCUUCUGUACCGUUGCUUUUCUCGCUUACUUUGUAGGUGGAUGCAUGUACAACCGGGCUAUUUUCAAUGCUCGUGGUUUACGACAAAUACCAAAUUAUGAGUUAUGGCAUUCCAUGUUUAGCCUUAUCGUUGAUUUCUCCAUUAUAGCUUUUGCUUCUUUCGCUUCUUGUUUCAAUUUUAGAAAACCAAGCGGAAUUCGCCUAGGUGAAGGGACAGCGAACAAUUUGGACGACGCCUUAAUAGACGACAUUGACACGAACACUUAGUUCAUUCUUUUACCUAUCCAAUCCUCUACUUUCUAAUCUUCCACUGUCUUCUACCUUACGAGUACUAUUUUACUCUCAUGGGUGGACUUCCAUUACAAUAAGGAUCUUUGCAAAAUACAUCUUGUUUGUAUAUAUAUUGUGAGCUCGGCCAACUUAAGUCAGCAUUUAUUAAUUAUGCACCCAUUACACCAAUUUUUUAUUUGUUUUUCUAAAACAAGUGACAUUAGAUUCAUGAAUUCUGAGAUAACUGAUUCAGAAUUAUCGCUGGGUCGAGCAUUGUUGAUGACUGGAAGGACUGAUUAGGAUCAACCUUGCCGUCUGUUUGCUCAGGAGUUUGUUCGGCAUCUUCACCUAGAAAGUUAUCCCAGAACGGAAAGUGUUCAUUUGUAGACAUGUCGUUAUUAGCGUAUAGCAGUACAUCCGAUCCUCCCGUAUCUUCUUCUAAAUGAGCAUCACUGCGAGUAAUGUAAAACGAAGGAUGAUACACUUUUCCAGCGUGUGUAUGAUAAUUUAGCAUACUAGAAAGGGCAUUAAAAUCAACGAAUUCCUCAUUGGGAACUCCAUAUUCUUUGUAAGGUAUGUCAUUCAAAUUUGAGUUAUUAAACGGUUGAACGUUGCCGUUAUUCACUGAAGGGUUUAUAGUUCCUCGGAAGGUAUUAAAAGCUGGUUGAGGUUUUUCUGAGGAAUUUUUAUGAUAAUCAGGUAUAUUUGGAGAUCGGAAAGUUUCCUGAACAACAUGUUUCUUAUUUUGUUCUUCCUGUUCAGAAAGCUCCAAGGCCAUUGUCAGCUUUGCUUGCAACUCAUCUAAAACCGGAAUUAGUUGUCGAGUUAGCCAAUCGUUCGCAAAUGUCUUUAAGGAAUUCCGCCCAACUGUCAACUGAACAAGCAAACCUUUAUUCUUUGUUAACAAUGUAGCGUACAUAAGGGUGACCAUGGUGUUAAAUCCACAAAACAACGUAGUCCAGUAGUAACGAUUGUGGCUUUGCGUCAAGGCAUUCGUUAAACAAUUCAGAUUUUGUAUGCAAACAAUAGCCGAAUCCAAACAUUUACAAGCCAAGAUGAAUGCACUUUGUCGUUCGGAUGCUUUUAGAGCUUGCAUUGCAGAGCUGCCAGCCUCCAAGUAAUGAAGUAGAGGACGAUACAAGAGCAUUCGAAAGUAAUAAUAAGUCAUCAUAAGACUAUACAUGUGACGAUUCUCGGG